AUGGCCAGGUUUAUGAAGCAGUACGAUUUGAUCUUGAACAAAUACCCCAUCCUGGUGCAAUCUUUAACUACUGGUGGCUUCUUUGCUCUCGGUGACGUAGUUGCUCAACAUCUAGUAGAGCAUCAAAGUAAACAUGAUUUCGGUCGUACGGCCAGAAUGACCUUUUACGGUUCUGUUAUUGCUGGACCUGCCGUUGCCGUUUGGUAUCGAUAUUUGUUUGCUAGAACUAGUCACAUUCAGAGUGCCAUUCAAGCCACCUUAACUCGUGUCGCUGCCGAUCAGCUUCUAUUUGCUCCUCCAUUCAUUGCUGUCUUUUUUACCGGAACGGGCAUCUUGGAGCAACGAUCAUUCGAAGAAAUCAAAAGCAAGCUAAAGUUUGGUUACAAGGAUGCUCUACUUGCAAACUGGCAGACUUGGCCUGCUUUCCAAGCGUUCAACUUUUACGUCGUGCCGCCAUUGUAUCGUUCUAUGGCAGUCAGUGUAGUAUCUACGGGCUGGAACUCGUAUCUCUCUUGGAAGAACAAUUCAAGUUUGAAUAAGGCCGUACUCGCCAAUGCCUAG